AUGCUCGAAAAGUAUCUAACCGCUAUUAUUGUACCAUAUCUCUCCAAGUAUGCGGAGAAUAUUGACUCAAAGCAGCUCAGUGUUGACCUUUGGAAUGGUAAGGCAUUUCUUAAGGAUCUUGUCCUAAAACCGACUCUCCUUGACGCCCUGCUAGAUGGAGAUUCUAGCAGCAGUGAUAAUGUAGGAACGGCAGCUUCUGCUGCGGGAAACACAAGUAAGCGUUUACCGUUGAAUUUGCAACGUGGUAUAUGCAAAAGUGUAAAUAUUGUGGUACCAUUUACUCAAAUGCGUUCGAAACCGGUGGUGAUAGAGGUGGAUGAACUCUUUAUAUGUGUACGUGGAAAUACAGAAUGUCGUAAUGUAGUGUUGAGUAAAGCUGCUAAACUAGACGCACAGGCAGCGUACAAAGAACGUCAAUUAGAACAGUUUGAAGCGGAACGAAAACGCAUGAAGGAAUCUAAUGCCACUGCUACUAAUACUAGUAAUAAUAACAGUGGAGGGGCUGGUGAGGCUACCGAUACAGGUGCUUCAUCAUCACCUUUAACUACUGCAAGCGAAAAGGGAGGGUAUUUUUCCCGACUUGGGGAACUUGUUAUCAACAAUAUCGUCGUGAAAGUUCGAAGUGUGCAUAUUCGUUACGAAGAUGAAUCUACAAAAACUAUAAUGGGUGCUAUUCUUGGUGGUGUCCGAUUGCAGACAAUUGAUACAGCCACUGGAGAGGCAGUAUUUGUUGAUCCUUCUGGACUUCAACGUGUUUCAAAACGAUUGGAAUUUGAAGGUAUGCAAUUCUAUUGUGAUGAUCCACUGCGAUGUGAGAUGUUAAACUCACAAGAUCACUUUAUUUCUAAUAUGACAGAUAUGUCCGUUUGGUAUAAAGCUAUGCGAGAUCGUCUGGAAACGGGAGAUGUACGUGUUUCUACAAUUUUUGGACCUAUUAAAGGACAUGUAGAUGCAAAUUUGGUUUUAAAAAAAUACAUUCAACAAUUAUUACAUGAACCGUAUCUUUCUAUACGUAUGCAAUUGAAUACCGUUAUAGCAAGGUUUAACCGUGCCCAAUAUUUGACUCUCAUACGAACUGUUUCACUUUUAAGUAAUUGGAAUAGUUUUAAUGAGGUCCUCUCUCGACGUCCUAAUGUGCCUGUGAUGAAUCAUGCUGCCGUCUGGUGGCGCUAUGCUAUUAAUGCCGUACGUGCGAUUGCUGGAGCCCCCCGUCGUGAGCGACUUCUCCAGCGUAUUUCAGAAGUUUGCAUGGUGGACUACCACGUGCUCUACCGCGAUGUGGUGCGCAAGUCGGAGAUGUCAGCGGAGAAGCAGCGGGCCUACCGCUUCAUCACGCGCUUCAUGACAGUGCCCGACAUGAUUGCCGGCCGCCGUUAUGUCUACACGCAACUGGCGACGGCCAUUCAACUGAAGCGGAAGGACCACGAGGCCUCCGCAGCAGCCGGCGGCGGCGGGGGCGGGAGGGACGGCGGUUGGGGAUGGGGGUGGUGGAGGCGGCGGGGCGAUCGCGAUCCGAAGGAGGCCCGCGAGGAGGAACUCGCCAUUGAGGAGCUUCAGCGGGCCUACGGAAUAGACCCCAAACACCCAGAAGAAGAAGAAGGAGAAGGAGAAGGAGGAGGGAAGGGACAACUUCCCAAGUCGUACUGUUGGUUGGACGCACAGUUUGAUAUGGCUAUGUUGUGUGUUUCUGCCGAUAUAUCCAGAGCAGAGGCUACCACGUUGAAACUGCAUAAGUUGGCAACAAAUGUGAAGACAUUUAAUGCACCCAACUCGAUUCAGUUCCGAUUCGUCACAGAUAAUUUGACCUUAUCAAACCCAGUUAUAGAUGAUGGUUCAAUGUCUUUACAUCCAUCACUAAUUGAAGGACUACCUAUGCAAUUUGUAGAUGUACGAAAACAACAUGGACAGGAAAUGCAAUAUACACAAGAAAGUCAGGGUCAAAGAUCUUCAUUCUUGCAGGAUACUCCAUUACUGGAAUGUAAUGCCGCAUUUAAUCCAAUAGAACAACCUUUACAAGAUACACAUUUGGAUUUUGUUAUGGAUCUUCGUCUUUUACCUCUUCGUAUUAUAGCAGAUCCACCUACUCUUGAUAGUAUAUUUCGUUUCUUUGAGAUUCCACAAGGUAUUGAUCUUGGUGCUAUUGUGGAAAGAACUAAAGCUAUUGCCGCAACAGUUGGUCAAGCUGCCUCUACAGAACUUCGUCUUGCCAUGGCCCGUUCAAAAAGUUUUAAAAUUAGUGUAGAUGCUGCCGCACCUCAUAUUAUAUUACCAAAAACAUUACGAGGUUCUGCAGAUGAGCCAGCUUUAGCAGUUUCUCUUGGACACGUAAAAUAUGAUACCCAACCAUUAACAGAAACAGAGAAACAAAGACGUUUGGCGACUACACAUCUUAAUGAUGCAACUGAAGAUAUGUUGUAUUAUUCUAGUACAGCAACUUUUGCAAAUUUUUAUGUGGAAUUAGCACCUGUAGAAAUGGCUCUAAAUCGACCAGGUACGGGAUUUAUGUUCGUUCCUGAAGUAGCUUUUUCAGCAGAAGUAUUACACCUUAUUGAUGAUAGUAUUGAAAAUCGUGAACGAUUUAUUGUUCGAAUGGAAGUUCCAGCAUUACAUCUGGGUUGUUCUCUUAGUCAGGCAUACAUUCUGUCAAAUAUGGUAGAGAGUUGGCUCUUAUUCCUUCAUAAUAAUGACGCUCUGUACAGUGAUGAUGUAUUGGCAUCCUCACUAGAAGAGACCACUAUACAAAAUGGAGGAGAAAGGAUGGGAUCACUUGCGGUAAGCGUAGGUGAGCUUGCUUCCUAUUCACAAUCACAUCUCUCAAAUACAAUAAGAUGUAGUGGAAGAACAGGAACAACAUCUGUAGUUGCAGGAGUGGAAUCCGAAUCUGGUGAAGUGAGUCCAGCUUCUCCAUCACUUGCUAGUAAAUCACGAGAAGACUUUCGGUAUUUGCGAUUGGAUAUGACAUUAAAGGAAGUGGGUAUAGUAAUAUUUGAAGAUAACGCUAUUACACAACAUCCAUUGGAAGAUCCCCGCUUUACUUUAGCCUUUAGUGCGGCUACCGUAAGAUUACAUAUGGGAACAAUACAAACAAAGGUAGAGAUGAUGCUUGAACGUCCUUACUGCCGAGAUGCACGAGAUCCAGAUCAUCUUAUUCUCAGUGCUACUAAGAUUCAUUGUAAGAUAAAGACAGCACCAGAGUCACCAGUAAAGGUACAAGUAUUAUUAGAACCAUCCAUUACUUUUCGUCUUGGUACACCAUGUAUUCAACUACUGGAAACACUUAUGGAUAUUGUGAACUUGGUUACAACCACACCAACUCCAAUGCCAAUGGAACGGGUAACCCUUUCACCCAUGUUGCGUCGUCUCACUGGUUCUUCACUAAAUGUGAAAGGUACUCCUAUUCGAGUGAUGUGUGAACAAGCACAACAACAAAAUAAAAAGUGUCAAGAAGAUAUUGAUUCUAGACAUGAUACACCGGUAGCACAACUCUCACUUCAUAUUGCUGGUACAGCUACAGUAGAACUGAUGGAUCAUCAUCGUCAUCAAGAAGAAUCACAAGAAGAAAAGGAUUAUCUUUUUGCUCACGCCUCCUUUAGAGAAGUAACGCUUUCACUUAAAAAGAAUACUGUUACGAUGGAGGUAAGUGGUGGGGUUCAGCAGGUGACGUUGUCAUUAUCAGAGGAACACAAUGUCUCUCCUGCAAAUCGUCUUAUUUUACAAUACCGAGCCCCAUCCCAAUCAACCAUAAUAGAAGGAGGAGCAGAAGCAGAAACAGAGGCAGAAGAAAUAAGAAGAAGAACAACAAUAUCAACAGCAACAGCAACUUCUGUAGCCUCUGGUUUAUUACUUUCUUUACCACCAACACAACAGGUAAAAUCAUCUUCACCUUCACCAUUUUCGUUACCCUUAUCACCAUUGAAUCCUGUCUCAACACAGGAAUUUGGAACCGCAAGUUUUCCUCCUGUUAAUUCUGAUAAUCAUGAACACAUCACAUUUGCCUAUCGCACUAGUAGACCGGUGGAACCUAUUUUUGAAACGGAUAGUAGUGGCAAGCGAUGUUUAAUGAAUGCAUCAGAGUUGGGAUUUUCUACUUUUGUGGAAGUUGAGAUGAGUUCCAGUGCGGUACUUCUUGAUAUGCAUAGUAUUAUGACGUUAACACAGUACUUUACCAAUGGUCUCUUUUCGCGCGUAGCCGAUUUAACCAAUCGACCACGUUAUGAUAGGGAAGCUACUAUAAAAAAAGGUCCAAAACCACUAUCAUCAUUAUCACGACCACCACGAUCAUUUCUAGUACCAGCAACAACCUCACCAUCAUCACCAUCACAUAUGAUUAUAUCCUCACAAAUGGAAGCUGUCCAGUCACCAAAACUUUUAACAAGUCUACGUGUUUUUGCCCGUGAUCUUUUCUUUGUUCUUCCUAUUGAUGUUCGCACAGAUAGUGGUGAACAAUUCCAUGUCUCUGUUGAUCAUGUUGCGGUACAAAGUAGUUUACUGGCUGCUGAGGGACAACAAACGAUGAAUAUUUCACUUCGUGAGAUUCGUUUUCUACGUGAUUACUUGAGUAAAUCAACAACAACAACAGCAGCAGCAGAAGAAGAAGAAGAAUCAUCUGAAGGAGUAAAACCACAUAUUCUGAUGCCGACAACAACACUUGAUAUAUCUGUUAAAACUCCACUGGAUCCAAUCUCUGAUGAUCCUCUUCGUGUAGAUUUACGUGGUGAUGAUUUAACACUUAAUAUUACAGAAAAUGAUGUUGUCGAACUUUGUCGUCUUGCAGUUGGUAACCUUACACGUAUGCCACCCCCACCCCCACAACCACAGCAACAACCACAACAACAAUCACAACUACUACCACGAGAAGAAGAAGAAGAAGAAGAAGAAGAGAAACAGGAUCAUCAUAAGGAACAAGAAUCCAUGGCCACAUCACCCUUAUCCCCUUUACUAGCAUCCACACUUGUAGAGUCUCAUUCACAUGUAAUGCCAGCUGUAAUAGGUGAAUCGGUAUCAGUAGACGAAGAAAGAAGGGAUACAUCAAAAGGUGUACGUAGUGAUGAAAUAUGUGUAACCUGGCGUGCAUCCCGUGUUUGUGUUUCACUUUUAGAUGAAGUUAGCAAGAGUGCACGUUUCCGCUUAGAAGGCAAUGGAUUGGCAUUUCAAAUUCUGGCAUCUGGUAAUGAUAUGCAUAUGCGCUGGACACAACUAGCACUGUACGAUAUGUAUAAAGAGAAACGAAGUGCUACAAUGCUUUUAUGUGGUGAGAGUCGUGUGGAAUUACGACAUGUUCUUACAACGCGUGGUAUUCUUCAAAAGAGUUUUGGUGUACGUUCCGCUGCCACUGUGGCUGCGCGGGAAUCAUUGGAUAGUGAUGUGUCUAGUGCUGGAACUUCACCCGGCACUGCGGGGGCGGAAUUACUUGGCGUUCCAACACUUGUGGUGGAUUUCACUCUCCAUCGUUUUGCGAUAUCGGAUCAAUGGUUGUCUGUGUAUGACUUUGUCUGCAAUGAGGCGGUUAUGCAGGCACUAGAGCCAAUGAUGACAAGUCCACCAAUAGGGAAAGAAGAAAAAGGAAAAGAAGAGGAAACAAAAGAAGUGGAAUCGGGUGUAAAAGGUGAAACUCCAGUGGAAGCCAGACGAUUUCGUUAUUUAAUUACAACACGUGCCGUUAAGGUACCAUUUUUAACAACAUCACGUGUGGAGUUAAUUGAAGCGGAUAUUACAUCCUUAUUUGUAGAUGUCAUUACACUCUCUGGUAAUACCAGUGUAACGGUACGCAUGCAGGAUCUCCUCGUACGUCACUGUGCCAGUGGAGAACGUAUUUUAUUUAAACAACAUAGUACAUGUGAUUCCCGUAUGGAUGAGGAUUUAUUAUGCGGUGGAAUGGAUACGAUUUCCACCACAAUAGGAGGAGGAGGUGGUGGUGGAGGUGGCGGUGGUGGAAAUAUCACCGGAACUUGUGGAUUACCGAUGACUACUACAACUACAACUACGGGUAAUGUUGGUAUUUGCGGUGGUAGUAGUGGGGCGAUUCCCACGAUGGUGCUUCCCGGAAUGUCUGUUCCCAUCAUUAAUGUACCGGCCACCAGUAUGAAUCUAAACAAUCCAACAUUACCGCCACUGCCAACAACCGCCACUGCAACUGCUACGAUUGCUGCAGCCGCUACAGCCGUUGCGGCGUCUGGUGAUAUUCUUACGGUGUGGUGUUCCUUUGAUUCCGAGGCGGGCCGACAGAAAGUAACACUGGCGUUGGGUGAAUUGGCCGCAUUGUGUUCAGUUCCUCUCAUCAUGCAAUUGGUGGAUUACUGUACAGGCCCUGAUCAGCCAAUUGCGAAGAUAUCCAACUUGGGAGUUAUGCGUGGACAUCGUGAACGAUUGGCACGGGCGGCAGAGGAGAUGGUGCAGAAUGGAACCUUUUCAUUACAUUUACUUUGGCGACAACCCCGUAUUAUAUUCGCUGGUGAUGCCCAAGAGCUUUCAAAUAAAUCACGUAAUAUUGAGGCACAUCUUGGAGUAAUGCGAUCCACUAUUGAGUUGGAUAGACGUCAUGGGAGUUGUGUGGUUUCUGCCAAAUUAAAUGAUUUUUCUAUUCCAGAUAUGUUAGAGAGAUCAGCCUUGCGUUUCUCUUAUAUUAUGAAAGGAAAGGAAGAGAAUGUAUCGGCAGUACUGGAGAACACCACUGCCCUUCUUCAUCCUGCAGAAAUAGAGAAACUCUUAUGGGUACUGCAACGAAACCUUAUGGCCCCUAUUGAACACAAUAGUAAAGAGAUGGAUACACAAACAGCAACAACAACAACAACAAGAGGAGUAGUAGAAACAAAACAACAGGAAGAAGUAAAUAAAGUAAAACAGGAGAAACAUGAAGAAGAAGAAGAAGUCUCACAAGUAGAAGGAACAUCUAAUCGAAUCAUACGAUUCCAAGCAGAAGGUGUUGUACUUGCCAUGUAUGAUGUUGUUGGGAUUAACGUACACACCGCCUCACUUAGUGAAUUAAAUGUGGAAGUGGCACCAACUGGAAAUGUUCACAUGACAGUACGAUCUCUUAGCAUGAUGGAACACUUUACAAAACGUCAACUCUUACAAUCGGUGGGUGAUGCCGCCAUUACAGUUCUCUUCUCCGUUGCAGAUAAAACAACAUCUGUAGAUCUUGGAGAUAUACGCUUUAUGCUUAUUCCCAGGGCGGUAGGAAGUCUUCUGAAUGUACUUCUCUCUAUACAACUCCCACCACCACUCCCCACCGCACAUACCGUAGCCACCAAAACAUCAAAGACUCAUACUGAAAUAAACAGUAAUGAUAAUAAUGAUAAUAAUAAUAAAGAUUCUACUUCUGGUGGUUUUACUCCUCUUCUUACGAAUCGUAUUCGUGUUUCGCUAAACCAUUCAGAUGCCAUUGCCGUUCAAGGUGAUCGUGAUAUAUUUUCUGCCAACAUGACAAAUUCAACAUUGGAUUGGUGUUCAUACACAGAUGCCUCUAGUUCUCUCUCAGUUUCUGUGGGUUGGAUUACACUUCAUGAUACCUUUUCACAGAGUACCCGUUAUGCAGAUAUUGUUUAUCCUAUUCAUACGAACGAAGAUAAUAAGACACAGAAAACACCUGAUAAUGUCAUAUCCAUUUCAUUUUUCACUUUUCCACCAAGAAAUAAGAAGAGUCAUGAUGAUGAUGAUAACAAUGAUGAUGAUGAUCAUAAUAGUAACCACCACAAAAGCAGUAGGAAUAAUAUAAACAUCCCUAUGUAUGCUCAUAAAUUAGAGUGUCAACUCUCUUCAAUGACUGUAGUGUUGGUGCCAGAGGUGACCUCUGCUAUUAUAAAGGUUCUCUCAGAUGUGAAGGGGUACAUAUCAGAUGUAAAUCGUGAAAAAGCAUAUGAUUAUGUUGCCGAUAAAACGGCUCAAACCGUACAUGAACGACAACAAUUAACACAAAUUGAGGUGGUCCUUAAACGUCCUACUAUCAUGUUGGUGGAGUCGGUUCAUUCUACUAAUGUAAUUGAAGUAUUUCCUGGUGAUUUUAAAAUACGAAAUGAAAUUUGUUGUAUGAAAGGAAAUGAAAUGAUAACAACAAAAGAAGCAAAAAUGGAAAUAGAAUCAACAGAAACUGGAAUAGUUUCUUCUGAUAAUAAUUAUAUGGAACUCUUUCAUCUCUCCAUUAGUCGAAUGUUAUUAAAUGUCUUGGGAACCGUUGUAUUUACUCAUAAUAACUGUAUUGAAGUUAAUCUCUCACGUUCUAUUGGAGAUCUUACUCCUCCUACUGUUAUUACUACUACUACUAUUACCACUACUACUACUACGACUACUACUAUUACGGAGACUACACCUUCUGUAGAUGUUAUGAAUAUCUCUCUUACGAUCCCGACCCUUACCGCUAAACUAUCACAGGAACAAUUAAGUUAUCUACUAGAUGUAGUGGGUGCUUUUCGUUUCUCCGGUCCUGUUUCUCCAUAUGGAGAUAAUAUGAUGUUUAUGGCCUCUUCUACUUCGCAGGUGGCGAGUGGAGGACAUCAAGAGGGAGUUGCAAGUGCCGCCAGUGUGGCUACACCCAUCACAAAUUCUCUUUCACUAAAUACAACGAUGAAAAGAAAACCGCAACUCGCAUCUCUGGCUACUCAGCCAUUUAGUGGUAAUAGUACCAUAACAGGAGGGGGAAUGGGUGAGACCUCAACCUCAACAACAUCAAGUGGAAUAGGAAUUAUGAAGUUUACAGCAAUUAUGCAGCGAUUUGAAGUGGAUAUUGAGGGUAUUUUCAAACUAGAUAUUGGUAAAUGUAACAUUGAACACUCUUCAAAGUCUUCUGGAGGCAAUAAUAACAACAACAAUAACAACAGUAACAGUAACAGUAAUAAUAAUAAUAACAGCAGCAGCAGCAAUAAUGUCAUCAGUGGAACGAAUAAUAAAACUGGUAGUAUUUCAAGUGAAACAAAAAUUAAUUUGGAAACCAUUAUGUUGCGACAUCGUGUGGCUGAAAGCACCACCACUACAAGUUCUGAUCUUUUUCUUAUGGAAAAUACAAAACUGCUUGUUACUUCAUCUACCAAUACCACUGCUGGUGUUCGUGUGAAUGAGACGAAUGCGGAUGUUAAAAUGUCAUCUGUUCGACUCUCACUCUCACCCUUAAUGUUACUGGAUACACGUGAUGUUCUCUAUGGUCCUAUUUGUACGAAAGUACUCCGUAUCCCACUUGUGCCUAUUCCUGUUUGCCGAUUGACAACAGAGUUGCAUGUAUUAGAUUCAGAUCUCGUAUUAGAUGGAAGCCAUAUUCUCACCACCGCAAGUCGAACACGCUGUUGCUAUAAAUUAGAUUUAAAUCAACACAAACUUUCACUUACAGGGGCCCCAAGUGCACAAAUUGUACUUGACGAUAAUUGUCAUCUCACCAUUGUAAAUGGCACCAUUGUGGUACCUGGUUUAUAUACAUUAAGUUCAUUUGUAAGUUUUGGCCUUAAUGCGAUGCUCGUAACGGGAGACUCUUGUGUAAUUGAUAAAUGGGCCUAUUGUGAUCGGGCACAGACGCAGGGAAUGCGGGAUCUGCGCAGACGGAGUAAAGGCGGAAUGGACUCUAGUCUCGCCUCACAGAGUAAAGUCACCGUAACAUCUCCAACCUUUUCCACAAAGCACCAAUCUCAACAACAAUCUCAACAACAACAACAACAACAACAACAACGGCAAGGAGCUGUAUCUCCACCGUAUGGACUGGCUUUAUCUGCUCCUACAACUACAACACCAAUGCUAUCAUCCUUUUUCACGGAAGAAGAAACUCGAACCGUUGUUUCUGUUCACUGUGAUGAAAUUAGAUUGCGAGCCAUGUCAGAAGAAGUGGAAGAAGUUGCAGUUACAGUGAUUAUGUCUGCAAACUUGCUCUUCACACAGGAAAUAGAAAAUGGAAUAGCCACACAACGUGCCUCCAAUCUGCGUCUUUUGAAUGUUCAUACCGGUGAAAAGGAUGAAGGUACUUUACUCCCUACAAACUUGGAUUUUAGUAUUUCAGGUGUAGAUACGAUGUGUGUUUCUGCUACACUAAGUACAUUAGAGUUAUGUGUUCGUAUGGCUCUUUUACGUUCUUUUGUGGAACUUGGAAAAGAUUUUAUGACGGCUUUUGUGGAAGAUUUGGCUUCACAGCGACGUCCACCGCAAAUACAACUUGAAGAUGAUGAAUUCCGUCCACUCGUGACUGUAGCUCAUGCUGGUGAAUGUCGUUAUUGUGGACAUAUGAAUGCGUUUCUUCGAGAACGUGAAGAAUAUCAAACAGUUAUUACGACCACGAGUACUAGUAUUACGACGACUACUGUUAAUACUUCUUCAACUACUACGACUGGUGCUAAUGCUAGUGCUACGGUUGGGGCUAAUAAUAGUAGUAGUAGUAAUAAUAAUAAUAGUAAUAAUAAUAAUAAUAAUAAUGGUUUAGAUUCUACUGCUGGAAAUACGGAUACGAUGGUUGCUACUGGGGUUCUCUGUUAUAAAUGCUGUACGGGUAGAAAUACACUUCCCGCGACGGAUAUUCGGCUUGAAGUGCCAUUAGUGGAUUUAGUGGUGAUGGGCCAUCAUGGUGGGAUGAUCCAAUUAUAUUCCUCCAGUGGUAUUGUGGCUUCCGUGUCUACAGAGAAGGAAUUUCAAAUUCAAUUAAAAUUCAAAGUACGCAAUUUAAAUCAUAAUGCGGCAGUCUGGGAACCAUUAGUGGAACGAUUGGAAGCGACGAUUGGUGGUAAUGUUUCUGAAACCGGUACAAAGUCUUCUUAUUGGAUUAAAGUGGAACGUCUGGAUUACGUUUUAUCUCCUGAUAAUAUUCGAUUGUUUUUACAAAUUGUAGAAGACUUUUCCGCGACAUCAAAGUUACAGAAACAACUACGCCAAAAGAUCCGUUUGAAUGCACGUAAAAGUAUUGUUGGUGAAGAGAAUGUAGAAUCUAAAAAAGAUAAAUCACUAGUUCAAACUUCUGCUGCUGCUGCUGCUGCUACUGGAGAAGAAGAAAAAGAAGAACAUGCGACGAAUACAUCUGAUGAAACUAUGAUAGCAAAACCAGAAACCACUGUUACUAGUAGUGAUACUAGUAAGAUCAAAGCAGUUUCUACAGAAGUAGAGAGCGAAACUAUUGCUGCUCUUAUUAUGGUACAAAAUUACUUUAGUGAUUGUAUAGAAGUUGAUGGAAAUGUCGUGGGUCCUCGUGGAGGUACAUUAGAGUUUGCAACCAGUUCAACUUGUUGCACAAUUCGACGAAGUGGUAGUAAUAAUAAUAAUAAUAAUAAUAAUAAUAAUAACACUAUGGAUGAUCAUGUAACCGUUGAUUGGGUAAAAUGUCCAUUAUAUCUUCGUAGUACUGGUAUGAUGGUGGAAGUAGAAGUGGAACUCAUGCGUAGUGAAGGUUCUUAUCAUUUACAUCGUGUGGUACGUUUACGUUGUUAUCCAGUCCAUUUUACGAAUUCCAUUAUUUGUUUUGAAAACAAAGUCAGUGUCUUUAUGGAGAUUUUAAAAGGAGAAGCACCUGUGGCCCCAAAAGAACGUUAUUACUUUUCUCCAAACUUCAAAUUAGAAGAAAAAUUACAAAUACGACCUAUGCACUCUCAUGGAGAUGAUGAUUACACUACUGCCGUUAUGUCGGAAUCCAAGACCACACCUACACUUAGUAUGCUGUUAAAUAGUACACUCACAACACUUAUCUGUAAUAACUUAAGGAAAGAUGGUCAUUCUUUUGUGGUAAGAACGAAUGAACAACAGAAUGGUGUAUGUGCUGGUAUACCUGUAUUUCUUAUCUCUAUUGAACCUCAACUCUGUAUUCAAAAUAAUCUUCCAUAUGGUUUAUUUGUGAAUAUCACGAACCCUAAUGGGAAGAAGUCUAUAUACAAUGCCGUAGUGGAACCUAAUCAAAUGGCAGAUGUUUUUCUUGGUGAGAUGACUUUAGAAGAUGCCCUCUUUUAUCUUGAGAUACAUCAACAAUCCCAACACGAUGAAAUUAAAGAACUAGGAGAUCGGGUUGGUGUACCUGCUGUGUACAGUACACCUCGUGGGAUAUUAAUUACCCGUCGGACUUCACGUGUGGUACUGUAUGGAGGUGAAAAGAGAGAAGUAGAAAUGCGGGUUGGUGUAAGGCAAAUGGGUAAUACCAUUCUCUUUCAUACACCCUACUCUAUUGUAAACUUUACACCAUUAGAUUUAAUGGUGUGGGAAUGUAAUGUCUCUGGGGAAGUGAUAUCGAGAAAAGGGACCAAUUUUGGAUAUUUACCAAAGAAUAUGCAAAAUCCAUAUAUUGCCUCUCCAACAGAAGUAAAUACGAAUGAAUUUUUCGUUAAAUUAGGUGUUGCGGACUUGUAUGGAGCUGCUCUUCCAUUACAUGUACAAGGUCGUGGUGUAGUGACACUUGAAAAUAAAAACUUAACAAGCGCAAAAGAUAGUAGUAAGAAUAUGGUAUUUCAUCUCAUUCACUUUACACAAGUGGAUAUGUAUGGAACGAACUUUGUCACUAUUGUACCACGAUGGAUGUUAGCGAAUCGUACACCAAGACCACUUUACAUUGCACUAGCCGUACCCGCAAUUAUACAACAACAACAAUCAUCUACUACUACUACUACUGUUACUACUACUACUAAUACUACUGGAAUGGGAAGUAAUAGUGGAACACAAGGUUCUGGUCGUCCUCCUACUAGUACAGUCUCAUCUUCAUUGGCCAAACCCAAGUUUGUGUGUUCUACUGAAAGCGCUCAAUUAGUCCCACCAAACUCCGUUGUGCCAUUCUUUGUAUCCCCCAAGUGUACUCCGGAGAUUGGAUAUAAUGCCUUUGUCUUGCAAACAGCCCAUACCCCUGCUCGCGGCGAUCCUGUAAGUUUAGAGGAAAUCCACGAUACAUUAGUGGUGGCUCAUGGUGUACAUGAUGGUCUGGAUACGGAGGGUGGGGAUGUGCAUGUUGAGAUUGCGGUGGUACUUGACCCUCCAUACACCUUUGUUACUAUACAGGAUCCUGUAGUCCCACCCUAUAUUGUGAUUAACCGAACCAAUAAGGCUAUGGAAUUACAUGAUACACAUGGACGUCUUAUUGCCAGAGUUAAACCGGGAUGUUCGACGCCUUUUGUAUUAGAUGCACAUAGUAAUGCUUCUCGUACACGUGUUUCCUUUGCAAAAGAACAUCUUCUCACUACAACAAGUACUGCUAGUAUGGGUAGUAUUGCUACAACUGCUACUUCUACUACUAUUACAAAUGCAAGUAAGACUCUUUCUGUUAGUAUGGUUGGGGAUGUAGCUAGAGAAGAAGUUCAUGAAGGCAAGGAUAAUAAAGAGUUGGAAAGUUCUAAUAGAUCCAAGAAGGAAGAUGUACAUACUGCUGCAUUUGUGGAAUUUAAUUUUCAACAGCGUAUUACACCACACGAAGCAUCUAAUGCUUUGGGCCUUACAUACAGUGUAACUCUUGGACCAUUUGGACAACAAAUAGUAGAGAUUAGUUCUACAUUUAUGGGAAUGAUGGGAGAAAUACGUACCUAUCAACCUGUACCACAACCUCCACUUGAUGUUGUGAUUAAUAUAGUUUUUUUCUCUUUAUCUAUGGUAAGAACUGAUAAGGAAAUUGUUUUUGCAGCAUUUAGUGAUACACGUUUACAUUUUAAUCGACAAGGAGGUAAAGAGGUGAUAAGAUUUUCUAUCAAAAAUUUUCAGGUGGAUAAUCAGACAGAGAUUAAACCCGUUUUUGAAGUUACUUUAUUCCCUAUUCGUUCUGCAGAAGAUGCUCCUUGGAUUUCUGCAUAUAUUGAAAGAACUAUUGUACCUGUAAAGUCACUAUUAUAUGUGGAUGAAUUACGUCUUGAUAUUGUUCCAUUAGCCAUUCGUUUAUCUGAUAAUAUACUUAUUGCUUUGGUUUUAUUUGCUUCCAACCUCUCAAAAGAGGAACCUCCUCGACAAAGUGCCCCAACAGAUGAAGAACUUUUUGAAAUGGCUCCAUUAAGAGUGGGUAUUAUGGAUACACGUGUUAUUAUGGAUCGUUUGGUAGUAAAUCCACUUGUGGUACGUCUUUGGUUUGCACGAGAGGAAGAAGGUCAUGAUUUUAUUCGAGAACAAAUGCAAAGUCGUACGGCGGCACUUGUAUCGAUGAUGGUAGCCUCUUGUGAAGAUGUAAAGAUAGCUAUGCCUGGUAUUGUUAUGCAAAAACGUACCAGCAGUGCGGGUCUCCUUUUACAAUGGGUUAUGCAAUCUUAUCUUGAUGGUAUUCGUAAUGAAAUUCGAGGACUUCUCUUUCAAUAUGCUUCUUCCUUACCUUUAAUUGGUGCACCUAUUAAACUUGCCUCUGGUGUAGGCAGUGGGGCCAUGAAAUUCUUCCGUGAACCCAUUGCGGGUCUCUCCACAUCUCCCAAAGCCUUUGCGAUGGGACUGGCAAGUGGCUCUUCUUCUUUAUUAACAGAUGUUGUGGGUGGUGGUUUUGGUGCCAUGUCAAAUCUCGCCCGUGCUGGGGCUGGUCUUAUUAACGCCGCCGCUGGCAAUACGGGCAAUAACAAUAGAGAUAUGCGGGGAUCCGGCAGUAGUGGUGGUGGCGGCAGUAGUGGCGGCGGUGGACUUUUGCGUGGACUCACAAGUGGAGUGACGGGUGUGGUGACGCGGCCAAUGGAGGGCGCGGCGGAGUCCGGCGCUGCGGGUCUCAUGAAGGGCGUUGGAAUGGGACUUCUCGGCAUCGUGGCGAACCCAAUGGCGGGAUUAUUGUCUGAUGUUUCCCGCGCCACUGGUACAGUGGCUUCACUCUGUGAUGAGAAUUACAUUCCAGAUGUUAAGCGAAUGCGAAAUAGACGAGAUUUUUAUGUAAUGGGUGCUGUAGCGGAGUAUCAGAGUAUUGUCUCUGUAUAUGAGUAUGAACGUGGACAGUAUAAUGGCUCACGAUGGGUGCAUGAAGGGUUUAUCGCUACAGAUGGUCCACAAUGGUAUCCAUGCAAGAAGGAACAAAUACAACAAACAUACGGUGUGAAAUCAGAUGCUUGGCAAUUGGAACUCUAUGAUACCAAUGUGGAAGGAUGGCGAUUUAGUAAUAAGUAUUAUGGAAUCUAUACAAGUGUGCAGAUGCCAACCGCACGGGUAAGAAGAAGACGUUGGAUUGUACCACUGAAACCAGCACCAUCCUCACAUGUAGUGAAGCUUCUACAACAAUUAACUACAGAGAAGAGUAAAACCACCAUUACAACAGACACACCCACAACUGCCAUCUCUACAGACACUACAACAACCACAGGGUUAAAGAAGGGUCAGAGGGUGUUAAUAACCGAUUCUACAACAACAACAACAACUUCAACAGCCACUCAAGUAAAGAAAGGAACAGAAACCACCACCACCACCGAAGAGGGAGGAUUGGAACAACAACAACAACAACAACAACAACGCUCUCACUCAUCUCUUUUCUCAUCAUUGGAACAACAACAACAACAACAACAGCAACAGCAGCAACAACAACAAGAGAAGGAUACCUCUGCGGUGCCGGACUCUGUAGUGGUGGUGUAUGAAUACGAGUCGAAGGUGCCCAUCAUUGGAUGGAGCAGUCGUUUUCUCCCCGCCGGCUACGCGGCCUGGCAGGACAGCCGUGGGCGGCCGCAGCCCCGCAAGACGGAGAUGGAGCUCCCAAAGGGGUGGACGUGGACCUCCGCGUGGACAAACACCGGCGGGGAUGCGGACGGGUGGGAAAUGGUGCCGCGGGAGAAUGAGGGAUCGGCGAAUAUACGCCGCCGCUGCUGGAAACGCACAGCGCGAAGGACGUCGAUAUCCCCCUCCUCCUAA